AUGGCGACUUCAUCGCCUCGUACGCGGGUGAUUGUUUGGUUUCGGAACGACUUGAGGUUGUUGGACAACGCCGUCGUCGCUCGAGCGGCGGCUCUGCGCGGACAAUCGGACGCCGCUGAGGUCGUCCCGGUGUACGUGUUCGAUGAGACGUUUUUUAAGACAUCCAAGCGCGGUCUCGCGCGCUUCGGUGCAGGGCGUGGGAAGUUUACGAUUGAGUGCGUGGACGACUUGAAGCGCGCGCUUCGCGGCGUCGGCAGCGACUUGUUGGUGCGUUGCGGCAAGACGGAGGAUGUCAUCACCGAGCUCACGCUCACGGGUGCGAACGACAAAACGAUCGUGCUCACGCAAACAGAGGUGACGAGCGAGGAGACUGAUAUGGAUAGGGCGGUAGAGAGGGCGUCGAAGGAGCGAGCUCGAAGCGGCGGCGCGUCGGCGUCGAUGGAGCGUCUGUGGGGGUCGACACUUUACCACGCCGACGACCUCCCGUACGACUUCGCCGGAGGUCUACACGAUUUACCAGAUGUGUUCACGCCAUUUCGGAACAAGGUAGAGUCAAAGUGCUCAGUGCGAGCGGUAGUGCCCGCGCCGACGGCGAACGCUCUGGGAAGCGUACCGGCGUCCGUGGCGGGGUUGGAUUGGAUGCCUGAACCGAAGGAUUUGCCUUUCGCGUCGGCCGAAAUCGCCCCGGCGUGCGAAAAAUGGCUCAAAGAUGGCGCAGACGAGCGCUCUGUGCUCGAAUUCAAGGGUGGCGAAUCCCAAGCCUUGGCUCGCGUCAAGUAUUAUUUGUGGGAUAGCGAUUUGCUCGCGACGUACUUUGAAACUCGCAACGGGAUGCUGGGCGGCGACUACAGCACCAAGCUCGCACCGUGGCUCGCCUUAGGAUGUGUGUCGCCGCGCUACGUCGUGAGCGAGAUUCGACGCUACGAGAGCGCGCGCGUUGAGAACAAGAGCACGUAUUGGGUAAUAUUUGAGUUGAUAUGGAGAGACUUCUUCAAGUUCUUCGCGCUGAAACACGGGAACAAAAUCUUCCAUCUCGACGGUACGGCUAACAGGACGGCAUCUUGGAAGAGUGAUGAGAAGAUCUUGAAGGCAUGGAAGACAGGCACGACCGGAUACCCACUCAUCGACGCCAACAUGCGCGAACUCGCGGCGACUGGUUUCAUGUCGAAUCGAGGGCGACAAAACGUCGCCUCGUGGCUCGCCCUCGACGCCGGCGUCGACUGGAGACACGGUGCCGAUUGGUUCGAGCACCACUUAUUGGAUUACGACACCGCUUCUAACUGGGGGAACUGGUGCGCCGCCGCCGGUAUGACGGGCGGUCGCAUCAACCGCUUCAACAUCGCCAAGCAAACCAAGGACUACGAUCCCUCUGGCGACUACGUCAAGCGUUGGAUCCCGGAACUCCGCGAGAUCCCCGCGGCGUACAUCACCGAGCCCAACCAAGCCCCUCGCGAGCUUCGCGAUCGAAUCAGUCUCGAUUACCCGAACAAGCUCAAUCUCCCGAGGCGUGACUUCACGGAAAUGGGGUCUCCGCCCGGGCCGAAGCGCGGCGGCGGUCGCGCCGCCGGCGGCGGUCGAGGCGGUCGAGGCGGGCGUUCGAAAUCUCGCGGCCCCAAGGCCCACGCCGUGAGCGUGUACGACCACGUGUACGGUUAAUGUCGCGUUCGAGUCGAGUCUC